UUUAUGUUGCCUUACUAAAACAAACACGCAAAAUGACUUCAUUCUCUCAAUUAAGUUUAUUUAGAACUACAUAUAAAUCUAGUUAUAAUUAGUAUUAGCAUAAAAAGAACAAUAACAAUCAUUAAAAUGACAGAAAAAAUAAAAUAUGUUGUGAUUGGUGGUGGCAUAGCAGGAGUAACUUGUGCUGAAACACUUUCAUUGCUUGCUGAAGAAGACUCCAUUACUCUUAUUUCUGCCUCACCUCUGAUUAAAACAGUCACGAACUAUGUUCAGCUAACUCGAGCUGUAGAAACAUUUGAUGUAGAAGAACAGCCCUUGUCAUCCAUGAAAGCUGGUGUUCACAUUGUUCAUUCAGCAGUCACAUCCCUAUGUGCCAAAAAUAAGAAACUGUUCACUGCUGAUGGUAAUGUUUAUGAUUAUGAUAAACUCUGCAUUUGUACUGGUGGAAAACCAAAGAAAAUAGCAGCUGAUAACCCGUAUGUUGUAGGAAUUCGAGAUACGGAAAGUGUUAAGGAAUUUCAAAGCAAAAUAAAAUCUGCCCAAAGGAUAAUAAUAGUGGGUAAUGGAGGAAUAGCCACAGAACUUGUAUAUGAACUAGAAGGUUGUGAAGUGAUUUGGGCCAUCAAAGAUAAAUCUAUUGCCCACACUUUUGUAGACGCAGGUGCUGGAGAGUUCUUUAUGGAGCAUGUCAACAAGGUCAAGUUGAGAAAACCACAUGAACCAUCCAAGCGGUUAAAAUAUACAACUGAUGAUGCCAAGUCAAGCAGUGCUCUGGGAGGUGUCAUGGGUGGGGCCCUGGGUCCAGACUGGACAAAUAAACUAGAGAUACGAGGCGCUCAAGGGAUAUCCCAUAGAGUCCAUGUUGAGAGUGAAGUGGAGGUGUCACAAAUCUUCUCUCCAGAACAAUUUAAACAGCAAACAGUAAAAGAAACAGUGCCUCAUAAUUUUUCAAAUGAGACUGUAGAAUGGCCGGUGUAUGUUUGUCUCUCAAAUGGCAAAGUUUUUGGAUGUGAUCUGAUAGUCAGUGCCACUGGGGUCAUCCCAUUCACAGACAUGUUUCUGUCAGGUAACCAGUUCCAUCUGGCUAAAGAUGGCGGUCUCAAGGUCAACGGCAGGAUGGAGACGAGUGAGGUGCAUGUGUACGCGGCAGGAGAUGUGUGUACAGCCAGCUGGGAGCACUCACCACAUUGGGUGCAGAUGCGUCUGUGGUCUCAAGCACGACAGAUGGGAUGCUAUGCUGCUAAAUGUAUGGUAGCAUCAGUCAAGUCUGAGGAAAUAACCAUGGACUUUUGUUUUGAACUGUUUGCCCACAUCACAUCGUUCUUUAAUUUUAAAGUUAUUCUCUUGGGAAGAUUUAAUGGACAAGGUUUAGAAAACAACUAUGAAAUUCUGCUACGGGUUACUAAGGGUGAAGAAUAUGUGAAAGCCAUCCUACAUGAAGGGAAACUGGUGGGGGCAAUACUCAUAGGGGAAACAGAUAUGGAAGAAACUUUUGAAAAUUUGAUUCUCAAUGGCAUGGACCUGACUCCAUUUAAAGACAACCUUCUGGAGCCUGGGAUAGAUGUGGAAGAUUUCUUUGACUGACCGCUUGACCUGUUUGUUGAU